AUGGCAAUUAAUAGCGAGCCAGACCUUGAAACUCUUUUAAUUCAUGGUGAUGAUGUAAACAACAGGGUUACUGAUGUUGCACCGCCCAUUAAUAUUGCCACUACAUUUCGAUAUGAUAAUGAAGAUUUAAUUCCAUGGAAUGAGAGGGGGGAUCUCUCCUUCAUGGAAACUAAACCAAUCUAUUCAAGAUUGGCCCACCCAAACUCUAGUCGUCUAGAAACCUUAUUUUCAAAGAUAUUGGAUGGGAAUGCUGUUAUCUAUAAUUCAGGUGUCAGUGCAUUUUUUGCUGCCAUGACUUAUUUUAACCCUAAAAGAGUAUUUUUAGGUCAAAAUUAUCAUGGAUGUACAGCUGCAGUCAAUAUUUUGGAACGUAAUGGCACUCUCAAAAAACAUACUCAUAAAGAGAUCGAGGAAUUCGCUCAAAAAGGCGAUAUAGUUCAUUUGGAGAGUCCUGUAAAUCCCUAUGGUACUUCUUAUGAUAUUGAAGAAUUUGUAAAAAAAGCCCAUUCAAAGGGAGUUUUGGUAAUGAUAGAUUCAACAUUUGCCCCUCCACCUUUGCAAUAUGUUUGGGAUUUUGAUGUUGAUAUUGUUAUGCAUUCUGCAACUAAAUUUUUUGGCGGUCAUUCUGAUUUAUUAAGUGGAGUAUUAGUUGUUAAAGAUGAAAAUAUUGCCAAGGAUUUAAGGGAAGACAGGAUUUAUCUAGGUACUAAUAUAGCUAACCUUGAAAGUUAUUUACUUUUGAGAUCGUUAAGAACUUUUGAAAUGAGAAUAUUGAAACAAUCAACUUCUGCUACACAGAUAGUCAAAUUCUUGAAUGACAAUAGACAUAAAUUCAAUAAAGUUUUAAAAGAGAUAUAUCAUUCAUCAUUACAAAAAGAAGAUUUUGUAAAAAAGCAGUUGAAAGGUGGUUAUACACCAGUAUUCUCCAUAGUUUUACAUAACAAAGAGCAAUGUAAAGCAUUGCCAAAUCUAUUGAAAUACUUCAUUCAUGCGACUUCUUUAGGUGGUGUUGAAUCGUUAAUAGAAUGGAGGGCUCUUACUGAUCCUUAUAUCAUACAAACUCUCAUCCGAGUGUCUGUUGGUUGUGAAAAUACACAAGAUUUGAUAAACGAUUUGGAUCAAGCUUUAACAGUUAUUCAACUAAAGCAGCUUUAA